CUACAAAAUACCGAGAUUCUCACCGUGAUAAGCAUAGUAGGCAGACCGGGAUCAGGCACAGGCACACAAUGCCACCUUCUCUCCCAAGAAUUUGACCUCUCUCACAUCAGCACCGGCGACGUACUUCGCGAAGAGAUGGAACGCGGGGAAAAAAGCCCCCGCGCAGACAUCGUCCGGGCAAACAUCGUCCGGGCAAACAUCGUCCGGGCAAACAUCGUCCGGGCAAACAUCGUCCGGGCAAACAUGCUUGCAGGGACAAUAGGACCAAUCGCAAUCACAACAGCUGUUCUCAAAGACCGAGUCACGAAGAUGAUGGAGAGUGGUAUAAGAGUCUUCAUUCUAGAUGGAUUCCCAAGGUCCAUAGAACAAAGAACAUACUUCCAAACCGUCAUCGCCCCAAUAACCUCCCUCCUCCUCCUCCAAUGCUCCCCAGAAACAAGCCACCGCCGCCUCCUCCCCCGCGGCAGAUUCGACGACCAGGCGCAAGGAAUCCGAAACCGGCUCGUCACCUUCGAAACCAUAACCUCUCUCGUAGUAGACGAAUUCCGUAAACACAAAAGGCUGACGGUCAUUGACGCGGAGCAAUCCGUCGAAGAGGUCUACGAGAAACUAGUCACGAUAGUCACUAGCGUCGCUGAGCUCCUGCAUUAGCGCGCGUGCAGCGUGCUGCGCAGUCCAAAUUGUUUGUGUGUUAAUUGUGCACUACGCGAUCUGCAAUGUCGUGUUUUGCAGUAGGGUAGCAUCUGCCCAGUCAAUGGCACAAACUUUAUGUACGCUCAGUCUUAAUCUCGCAUUCCUUUGCGGUCUUAGUUGAUUUGCAUAUUGCUAC